CUCGCUUUUGAUUGGUGCAGAAUGAGGAAGUGGUGUGUGUGAGUCUGUAGAGAACGCAGAGGUGUGCAAAGUUGGAAAUGUUGGAACUGAGCGCUGCAGUUGACGUCUUAAGGUCAGAAUAAAGUUUUGUUUUUUUGGCAGUAUGUUCGACAACCCCGGGUCCUAGUAUUUUGAAACACGUCGCGGUGAGAAAACACCUAGCAACGGUGGUCGAGGAGAGGAGAUGAGGAGGGAGCUGAAGAAUGGAGGCAGUUUUGACCAGGCUGAAGGGGCUGACUGCUGAUGAACUGCGUGAGGAAUUUGCUCGGGCAGACCUGAAGUGUGGCCCCAUUACAGCCACCACUCGAGCUAUCUUUGAAAGAAAGUUGGCCCGAGUGCUCGCCGCUCCAGAAAGCAGUUCCGCCGAAUCGGACAACGGCUCAUCUGCAAGGGGUGCAGACGGCGUAACUUCAGUUGUGGACCAUGCCAAACCUUUACCGUGUGCCAACUCAGCUGUUGCAACAAGGAGCAGCCCAAAUGAGGAGCUGGACUUCGGGUACGGCGUGGGUCUCAACCCGCCAGAGGAAGACGAGAUCUCGGCAAAGACUUCUAACAGCUCUCAAUCUGCAAUGGAAACUCCUUCAAAAGCUGCACAAGUACCAGCUUUUUAUUAUGGAGUAUGUCCACUUUUAGAGGAUAUUUUGUCCCGAAAUGAGAGAGCACACGUGUAUACAGAUAAGAAAGAUGCCCUUCAAGCUGUGAAGGUGAUGAAGGGCGCGCGCUUCAAAGCCUUUUCCAAUCGUGAGGAUGCUGAGAAGUUUGCCAAGGGGAUGUGUGACUAUUUCCCCUCUCCCAGCAAAUCUGCAACCUGCGUGUCUCCUGUCAAACCAGGCCAGGUCCUCAGUAAAGACAACAUGGAAGUGGAUACCAUUAACCGUGAGCGGGCCAACAGUUUUAAGAGCCCACGCACCCAGGACCUGACAACCAAGCUGAGAAAACCAGUAGAGAAGGGAGAUGAGGCAACCUUCUAUGAGCUGGUCUGGAGCAACCCACGCUAUCUCAUUGGCUCAGGGGACAACCCCACGAUCGUGCAGGAGGGCUGCCGGUAUAACGUAAUGCAUGUGGCGGCCAAGGAGAACCAGGCGGGCAUCGCCCAGCUUCUGAUCGACACCUUGGAGAACCCCGAGUUCAUGCGCCUCAUGUACCCAGAUGAUGAAGAAGCCAUGCUGCAGAAACGCAUCCGUUAUAUUGUAGAUCUUUACCUCAACACUCCAGAUAAGGCUGUUUUUGAGUCACCGCUCCACUUUGCCUGCAAGUUUGGGUGUCCAGAUGUGGUCAAUGUGCUGUGUUCGCAUCCAGACACUGAUAAGAACUGCAGGAACAAGGAUGACCUGAAGCCUUGUGAUAUCAUUUGUAGCAGAAGGAACAAAACCCCGGAGGUCAGGCAGAAAAUAAGUGAUUAUUUAGAAGACCGCUGCUACAUCCCCUUGUUGAGAGCAGCAGACAACACGUCUCAUCCCAUCAUUGGUUCUUUGUGGUCACCUGAAUCCUCAGAAAACCUCUCACUGAUCCAGCAACACACAAGAAGCCCCAUGGAUCCACUGAUGACCGUCACAGCCUAUGCUGGUCCACUAAGUCCUUCUCAAGCCGAUGACUUUCGCCGCUCCUGGAAAACCCCGCCGAGAAGUCGUGCAGAGUAUUUCCAUAACAUCCUCAAGUCCGAUCCUGACCGUGGAGCAGAGAGAGUUGGCAGAGAUCUGGCUCAUGAGAUGGGUCACCCCUGGGCUGAAUAUUGGGACUUCCUGGACAGUUUUGUUGAUCUGUCAUCAACUGAGGGACUUCACAAGCUGGAAGAAUACCUUAGCAAGAAGGAUUUCUGUCCACGGACUCGCGAAGAAGGGGAGAAUGAGAACAGCAACCGAUUUAGAACACCCUCCCCAGGCAAGCCCAAGAAGUUCUGCAACUCCAUCUCUGUUGGUGCCUUCCUGGAUGAGGGUGAGGACAUCAGCCUGGAGGAGAUCAAGAACAGGCAGAACGCAGCGCUCACCAGCAUCACCUCCUCCACUGCAUCCAUGGAGAGCCUGAAGGGAGCAGUGGGAGGCCACGACUUCCACAUCAUGCCCAUGGGACCACAGUAUCGGGGGGCUGACCUGAUCGAGACUGCCGCCGAGCAGGACCUCCUGUGCUGCUGCAAUGGCGGCCUCUUGUCGCCCGGCAUUGUCUGCAAAAACGGAGCAUGCUCCUCCUCAAGAGACAGGACUCCCAAUGGGGAGAAGGUAUCUCCUCGGAGCUCCCCGUCCUCGUCCAGCCUGCUGUCACCCGUCUCCAAUCUCAUGGUGGAGUUUGAGCGCAUGUCGCUGCAAGAAAACCUGGACAGCACAGACGGGUGCAGAGAAAGGAGGAGCAGCGGCGGGAGCCGGCACAGAGAACCCCUCGACUCCUACAGCUCUGCCUUAAGCACAGACAUGAUUCUGUCUGAGAACAAUGAAGUCCUGAAGGGAGGAGGCGCAGAAGAGAGGCGCAGCAGCAGCUCUGAUGAGUUUUUCGAGGCAGAGGACAGUAGCCUGGAAAUGAUGAGCAGGACAAGGGGGGCCGCUUUAGUGGUACGCAAUGUCUGUGCAAGAUCAAAAUCAUGGGACCACGGGGGGAGGGACCUGAGUAGCUCGGGGUCAUCAGCCUCUUCUUACAAAUCCUUGGACAACUCCCAUGAGUUCCUACCAAGGACACCGCCUCACGUCAGAAAAGGACUCUUUAUCAGCGGGGAUUCUCCUACCAAGUGGGACAGAGAAGUGUUGUCAGCAAUGAAAAGUGUGGAGGUGGAUCCUCAAAAAUAUCCCAGCAUUCAUAAGUGGAUGAGCACAAUGACGUCCUACUCUGCCUCAGACAUGCAAAGAAGUCGACUUGUCUCCAGCUGGCCGACCCCUGCAGUGGUCAAACCGCGACUCAGGAUGCAACAUAUGACUCCCGGCUCCCCGGCGGCGAGCGGCCUCCCGUCUCCCUCCGGUCGCUUCAGUCCCGCCCGCCACAACGCCGCCUCGCCGGACUUCAGCCCGAGCCGCUUCAGCCCCGCCAACGUGAGCUAUAUCCAACGGAUCCGCCUCAAGCACUUGAACGAGCCGUCGCUUUGAAGCUUUUUCGACUCUUUACUGCACAUCGGACCACCGAGCGUCCCCCUUAACGUCCAUCACCAAAACAAUUUACAAACCGGAAUAAUACGGAAGAUUUACGGCACAAGCAAGAUUUUUUUUUUAAAUAUUGUAAGGGGAGAAAAGAAUAUGUAUAUGUGUACUUUAUAGGUGCAUCGAAGGUAAUGUGUUUUGUGACAAGUGUCUCAUAACCCGAGUCAGCAUUUUUUGGAUGUUAAUGAAUACAAACCACACUGUGUGGUCAGCAUAUUCUUAAAGAUAGGAGUAUUUUACCAGGUUUUUUUUUAUUGUAUAUUGGUCAGUAGCACAAUUGGGUUCUUUUUAAUGAAAGAUGUUAAAUCAACUGCCAUUUCCUGCGGUUUCCUCAGUUCAGAACUUGCCUUAAUUUUUCUGAAGUGAUGGACUCGUUCCGUCAGUUCGGACACACACACUCUCUAGCUCACAAACGGAUAACUUACUUGGCUGCAAGGUUUAUGUUAUAUCUGCAAAUGCGGAGGAACUGAGAUCUUCCAUACUUAUUAUUAUUUUAUUCUUUAAUAAACUGUCUUUUAUCAGUGGAUUUAGGAUAUAUUGAGUUUUUUUUGGAGCCGCGACAAAUGCAGACAGGAGAAACAUGUUAUUUUGAUGUUUCUUUUAACCAUUAAAUGUAGAGUAAAAAAAGCCAAUAACUUUUCAUUCUACUUUAGAUUUUAAUAAGGAAUCUUUGUGUAAAAAAAACAAAAAAAAAAACAAACAUUAACCCGGGGAUGCAUUCUCUACUGUAAGAGGAUUAACAUUUGGAUAAGCCCACUUUUAUUUGUUCUGAAUGUAAACUCUUGGGUGAAGUCGACCUUUCUCAGAGAGCACAAACAACUUUGCUGAGAUUGUGCUGUCAUGCGUGUGUGUGCUCUCAGGUGACAAGAGAAACAAUAGUGUUUCUGAAUGUGCAAAGCUUUUGCAAAAAUGCACCUAAAAACUUAAAAUCAUGCUUAUUGUGCUUUUUAUUUUGUUGUUGCAUAAAGUCAUUUUUGAUGGUGGAUUCUCUGCCUGUAAUGUCAACAACUUGUUUGCUUUCAAGUAGUCAAUAAAACUUCACUCCUCCUUUAUUGUUGUGUCUG